GAGCCGCAUGUGUAGCGUGAAUGACGCGCGCAGGAUCGCCUGCUAGCUGAACGUCGAGGUUCCCGACCAGCAUAUCUCCUUAGUCCACCCCAUUCUCCUCGCCUCCCAGUAUGCCCGUACACUUCCUCCCAGUCCGUGUUUCACGCCGGGCUGCCAACCCUCGCUUUCUGUGGCUGCAUCGGAGACCGCUCGCAUGCAGUCCCAUCAUCCGACGUGCUCGAUCCGCGCUGCGCCAUCGCUCCCCACUCGCGGAUCGCGAUCCGUACCUUCCACGUUCAUCCAGUCUCGCGCGUCUGACCGUCACACCCGGACCGCCAUGCAGUGUAUUCAGCGUGUACAGUAGUUCUGUAACACCAUAAGAAACCCAAAGGAAACGUAAUGCGCCCAGGCCGCGCACAUGUAAGCUGCUUCGCCCACCACACGUCGAGAGCGGCCGCC